CUGCGGGAGGCCGACCUUCACAGCCAGGCAUGCCAACCCAACCACCGGCAGGCAGACCUAUCAAUGUGUCUUCUUCAACCAGGGUCGCAUCGGUGGACACCUUCCCAGACAUCCUCGCCGAAGAUAUCGCUGCUUAUGAAGAGGCUGAUAAGUUUCGAGAAGUGCAAGUUGAGACCUUGGCUGAAGAGGAGACGAGGGACAAACCUUCUGUCAGACAAGAUGGCAAGUGAAUUACGCCUGGCCCAACGACCACUGGUGGCUCCUGUUGAGGUUGCAGUUCGGGGCAGUGUUCUUCAAGCUGGCGCCAUUGGGGGGAGGUUAUGAUAUGAUUCUGGGUUCACCAUUUCUCUCAAAGUUCAAAUUAGAUGUAUCUCUCCAUCGCUGUUGUGUGCUACAUAUACCUAGUGGAAAAGUCUUAUAUGAAAAGGAAAUGCAAGCAGAGUUUCAAAGGUUGAUGUGUGCAGUCGUGAACUUGGAAAAAAUUAAUGAUGUGCAAGAGUUGGGUGAGAAAGAGUCAAAGAUGUUAAAGGAGUUUGAAGAUGUUUUCCCCGCUGAACUGCCUCCAGUAGACGAGAAUGAUGAAGCUGUAGAAGUCUUCCCAG